CAUCAGGAGCCCGACUAUAUAAAUGAAUGGAAGUCGACUACUUUAAGAAAUACAACUUCUCCAUAGAAGAGGAAGGAGUGUAUGUUGAUACAAAAAGGAGCCUAGAAGACAGAGGCGAUGAAGAUCAGUCGAGGAGAAAUGCAGCUGAUUUGUUCUUUGCUGUUGUGCAUUAUCACCCAGGUGCGCGGCCAGUUGUGCACAGGGCCAUGUCAGUGUCCGUCCGGAGUGCCACAGUGUCCUGCUGGUGUUCCUCUGAUGCUAGACAGCUGCAGGUGCUGCCAGGUGUGUGCCAGGCAGGAUGGCGAGGCCUGCACUGAGCGGCUGCCCUGUGACACACACCAGGGGCUUCAGUGUGACUACAGCGCCAGCUUCCCCGGAGGAGCAGGACAGUGUGUCGGUCGAAAUGAACUGGGUUGUGAGAUAAACGGCAGGAGGCUGGAGGAGGGCCACGUGUUUCAGCCGUCCUGCGCUCAGCUCUGCCGCUGCCUGGGAGGAGGGGUUACCUGUGUUCCUCUGUGCAGCGAUGAUCUGCACAAACCUGUGGAUAACUGCCCCAACCCUCAGCUGGUGCGACUGCCAGGGCGCUGCUGCAAAGAGUGGCAGUGUGAUGGGCUGGACAACAGUAUUUCCCCAAACCCCUCAGGAGCAGAGCAGGCACGCCAGGACCACAGGGGAGGGCUGGCUGGUCCAUUGUUUGGCCCGGUCUCCAACUGCAUUGAGUGGACCUCAGACUGGAGCCCCUGCUCUCGCAGCUGCGGCCCAGGUGUCUCCACUCGCGCCACAACCAGGAACCAUGCCUGUCUCCUGCAGGCUGAGACCAGACUGUGCCAGGUCAGGCCAUGCCAAGUGCUGCUUCCAGGGAUCCACAGGCUGGAACCGGGGUUGCGGGUGUGCAAGGGCAGCUACACCUCUCCUGUGUCCAUCCAUCUUGAACACCAGGGCUGCUGGAGCACCAGAGCCUACCGCCUCAGGUUCUGUGCUCUCACCUGUCCAGAGCGAGGCUGCUGCAGCCCCUCCCACACAAGGACAGUGUGGAUGGUCUUCCGCUGCCCCCAAGGCAGACUGACCCAGCAUCAGGUGAUGCUGAUCGAGUCCUGCUCCUGCAGCAUCGUCAACUGCCACCAUUCCCCGGCCACAGCUGUCCGCGGUGUCUUUCCCUGGAUGUGAGGUGCAUCCAGCUAUGAGACAGACAGACAGACAGACAGACAGGCGGGUCCCGUCUGUGAAAAUCACUAGAGAAUGAAGAUGUUCUAAGCACACAGACGUAAUAAUCUGGGCAAGAAGGAAGUUGAGGCAGUGUUUCAAAACAAUAGAAAUUCUACAAUCAGGAAGUGAAAGUUUACAAUUGCACAAUAGUUGACGUCAAUCUUAAUAUGCACUCAGGGUUGAAAGAUCAAACUGCGAUCAAUAUCCACAAUUAUUUCCAUUUUCCAAAUUCAUUAUAUUUCUAUAUUCACUAUUUCAGCUCUUUCCACAAAACCAGAUUUAUAUUUAAAGAAGGAAUCCCCUUCCUGCCUGCACAGGUGGAAGAUCAAAAGCUUUAGUGUCUCAGUGACAUUGCAUUCAUUGGAGUUUUUGUGAUUAAAAUUAACAGAAAAUUAGUCAACUGGGUCAUACAGAUAUAAUAUGCAAAAAUAAUUAAUAAACUAUUCCAACACUCCUUUAAAUGCAUAGAAAUACAUGUUUCUGUUCAAAGUAACAGACAGAUUCACUUUGGUUCUGUUUAAAUGAAAGAAUAAUUAUUGUUUCUGCUUCAACUUCUGGGUCAAACCCGUUUGAAACAUCAGAGUGACGAAAGGAAAUGGUUGCUACUACCAGUAAGCCAGUGUGUUGUCUUUAGUUUUUUUGUGUUUAAUUGUGUGUAUUUGUCACUGAUGGACGGCCAUCUGGUGUGAAUUCUGCCGCUAAAGCUCUCCCCAUAAAGUGCAAAUGCACAUAGAAACCAAACACGACAACAGUUCCCUUGAUCUCACACUGCUUCCCGAUUGUUUUGAUUGAGAAACAUCUAGACAAAAGUACACACUGUGCAUUUACUUACAAAAUAACCCGGUUCCUCCCACACAUCUGAACUGCAUUCUUGAAUUGUGUUUCAUAAGGCGAAAUAUUUUCUCUCAGAUUCCAUUUGUUUUCUGACUAUGUCACAAUAGUGAUGCAUUUCACAUGUAUUUGAGGUGAAAUUCUUACCCUGGAGGUGAAGAGGUCAGUGUGGCUGCAUGUGACAAAGUGUGAGCAUCAGUGACAACUCCACCCCAGUUUGAGACCAUGGUCGAGACCGAACGUUGCAACCACAGUAGUGGGUUUUAACAUCACUUUGAGGGCAUUCGAUGUGUUUUAAACCUCAUGUCCAUGUGGGCCCCAUAGCAGUUGUAUUCAACACAAGUGGGGCCACCAAGGAAACCAUGGACAAACCCGCUUGGGACCCAUAUUGUCAACCCAAAUAUAACCCACAUUGCCAUGCUGGCUGGGUAAGUCCAUAAUUGCUGCUUUAUGUCAUUUGUUAAAGCCCUCUUCACAUUGAGAUUCACUCACUUGCUCAUCUACCGCUUUAUCCUCCACAUGAGGGUCGCGGGGGGCACUAAUGUCAAUCCCAGCUGACGUAGAGCAAAUGGCAGGGUACACACUGGAUAGUUUGCCAGUCCAUCACAGGGCCACACAUAGAGACAAACAAUCCACUCUCCCACCUAUGGUCAAUUUAGAGUGUCCUCUGUUCUCUCAUCAAAGCUCUGACCACAAAACACCAGCAAACUUUGGUUUGAGUUAUAAUAAUUGGUCAUGUUUAGGGCUACAGAUGCUGCAUUUUUUUCCCCUCCACUUUUAUUUAUUGAUGGCUAUAUAGAUUAAAAAAAACUGUUGGUACCAAUCACAGACUGUGGGUAAACAGUGAGUGUCAUAAAUAUCUUGACCUGCUUUUACUCAGCCUGGUGCUGGUGGAGAUUGUUUAAGAUGCACUUCAAAACCUUGAUUAUCAACAUGAUUUAAUCCAGGUUUUAUUUAAAAAUACAAACUCCAUAUAAUCCAGAGUGAUUUAAAGGAGCGGUAAACUCAUGCUCUGAUUACACUUAUUAAUUGUAUUAAGUUAAUACUGCAACUACAACACAAUGGAAAAAAAAACAAUCAAUACAUUAAUGACCCCUUCAGUAAGAGUAACAUGUAACAAAGUGAAAUGCAAACAAUGAUUGAUCACAUUACUGGGAAAGAAAGGGCAGUAGGAACAAUCUUAUUUUUGUUAAGUCAAAUAAGCUUAAUAUUUUUAUUCAAGUAUCUUUGUCUUUUUGUCUGAUGAUAAACAAACCAUUAUAAACACGUGCUACAGCUGACAAAGUCAAGUCAGACAGAGGUAGUGAAUGUGUGAUGAGCUCAGCUUGACCGAAAUGUUCAUUUAUAAUCCUGAUACUGAUCGAUAUGUGCAACUCUUUUCUAAUAAAAAAAACAUCAGAG